AGAAAUUGGAGAGAGAGAAGAAAAUAACAAAUAUCAAUGUGAAUCGCGACAUAAAAAGUCCCGAUAAUUUAAUGAAAAUUUUGUGUAAAAUUAAAUUUAAUAAUCUUAAAACAUUGUUACAAUGGUGAACUGACAUGAGAGCUAUCUGCUCAUCAUAAAUUUAUACCUAAAAACUGUGAAAAUUCUGUAAAGAAAGCUUAAAAUAUAGAAAAUAAUUUCUUUUCAUUCAAUUUGUGCUUCGACAACUGAAAGAUUAAAAAAUGUCUGCUGCUGAUUCCACAAAACGUGUUUUUAUGUCAAUGGGAGACUCUAAUGAGUUGCUUAAGAAACCAGAGAAAAAUACCGGCACGAUAGUGAAUAAAAGCAAGACAUUUCGGCUUGAUCUUGACCUGUUUGAACCUGAUGAACACAAAUUCCCUGAAUUUAACUACAAAAAGUUGGCAUAUAUUGAAAAGAAAAAGCAAAAGAAGAUUGCAAAAUUACCAAACGGAAACCAUGAUGAUCCCUUUGCAGAAGAUGAUGAUAAUGUCGAGCGUAUUGCACGGGAGCUGGAAGCUAAAUAUGGGAACGCGAGCUCUUAUGGAAAAACUGGUCGACAUACGUACAUUGAUCGUGCUGCUGGAUAUGAUGCUUCAGACACAUUUAUUGAUGAUACAGAAGCUUACGAUGAACUUAUACCAGAUGAGAUUGAAACAGAUCGUGGUGGAUUCUACAUUAACAGUGGAUCUUUGGAGUUUAAGAAACUUUCAAAUUUUGAACGUCCUGGAGAUGAAAUUCGAAUGCCGAAAGCUAAGAAACGUGCUCUAUCUACCAGCAGUGAAUCCAGUGGGUCUGAUGAUGUCAAUGAAGAGAAGAAUGUAGAAGAAAAGCUCAAGAAAAAGAAAAAUCACACAGAAAAGAAAGUUAAAGUGAACACAACGUCAUCAUCCGACGAGCAAGGAAAAGCUAAAAAGUCGAAAAAAGAGAAACGUGAAAAAGUUGCUGAAAAAGUAGAAAAGGUUGAAAAGCCAAAAGAAGUGCAACCGGUGAAAGAGCCUGAAAAGAAGAAAACAGUGGAAAAGGAACCUGAAAAAAUUCUCAAAACAACAACAGUAAAAGAUAUGCUGAGAGCUAAACGUGAUAAUUUGCGUAAGAUGGAACAAGGGAAGCCAACAAGCAGCGGUGCUACAACAGCAACUGAUGAUGAAGGUGGCGAGAGUGAAUCAGUGAGUAGUUUAGCAGUUUCCGAGUCAUCACGAGAUAGUCAACCAGAAAUGGCGCCUCAAAAUGAAGUGAAAGAAGUUCAUCUGCCUGAAAACUUGCCAGCACCAAUCGUCCAACUCAUCAACAACUUAAAACAACAAGCAGAAUCAGCGUCAGCUUCAAAAUCCGCCUUUUUCAACAACAAUACGUUAAACCAACUUGUGACAAUCGACAAUGGCGCCAAAAGUGUAAAUGCAACAGUUCGCAUCAAUGUCUUCAACUACCUCGAACAAUUCGUUCCAUGCACGAAGAAAACUCUUUUUGCGAAGCUUCGUAAGCAUCGUAUACAACAAAUCGAGACAAAAGUCAAUAAUGAAAUUAACAAAAUGCGUAAAAUUGUCGCCGAUGCAAUGCCCAAUGAGAUAUUGAAACAUGAACAAGAAAUGCGGAUUUACGAAGAGCGCAAAACGACACAUCAGAUUGUUGGAGAUAAUUCGUUUGAACUUCAUGUGCCAAGAAAGAAAUUUCAUUGGAAUGACAAUUCACGUCUAGUCUUAAGUUUGAUUGUUCAGUAUCUUCAAGAGCUUCACAAGUCGACAAAGGUAAAGAAGGAAAGUGAACAAGAAUUUCUGUUACGUCGAUUACGUGACGAAGUUGUCGCAUUAUGGCCUGAAGAUUGGAUAAAAAUUGAAGAUUUCAGCAAGGAAUUGGAGAAAAAGAAGAAGAAAGAAUCAAAAUUAGCACAAAGUAAAGCAACUGCCGCGAUAUUAUCAAAAGAAUCGUCACAACAAAUGCAAUCGCAAGUGCAAGUUCAACCAAAAACUAUCACUGCCAGUCCCAUUGCCACAAAUGGUAAAUUGCCAGUUCAAACUCCGCCUCCAAAGACUGAAAAUUGCGUGAAAAAUUGCGAAAGUGAAAUGACAUCGCUCAUGAAUGGAAAAUCGCCGACAUCACAAAAAACUUCUCCAACAGCAUCAUCAGCCACGAUCUCUGUAAUUAAACGUUCAAGUGAUCACAGCAUUAAUAGCAUCAUUUCGUCCCCAUCACCGCCUACAACAAUUCAUCCGCCAAAAGUGCAAGAGUCGAUGAUUAAGCCACGUGUCAUUGAACUCGAGAAGCUUGUUUCACCCACCGACCUUCUAAAAGUUACGCAAAACUUAAAGUCAACGUCAAUGCAAUUUAUUUCGCCACCCAUCGAUGCUUCAACAUCUGACAAGAAGGUAAAUGCUGAGAAAGCUCGUCGCUCUGACAGCAGUGACAGUGAUUGCGUUGAGAUUGUAGGUGAAUUCAAUCCUAUCCAACCAGCAAAAUCAGUUUUCAAUCACAACAACAACAAGGUAAUUCUAACUCCAUCACCUCAUCCAACUACUCUCGUUACGAAAAAGAGUAAUAAUAAAAAGCAAGGUUGCGAAGAUGGAGAACACGAGACAGAUUAUUCGAAGAUUAUAAUGGGAAUUCAAUCUUUAACUGAUCCAAAGAAAACGAAUCAGUUUAAUGUGAAGAAUCCUCUAACGUCACCAACAAUCAACCCACAACAACGGAAAUCAGAAACGUCGCAAGGAAAUUCAUUUGAAAUGAAUGGAACGAGUGAUCACUUUCUUGAUCCUAAACUGCCAACUAAAACUUUCACUUAUAAAAACCUGCAGUAUACGAUCGGUGAUCUUAUUGCUCAAUCAAAUCGUGGAAAUAACGAAGGAAAUUUCGUUAAAGGCAAUCACAAGAGCUCUGAUCAACAAAAGUUGUUGUCGCACCACUUCAAUCAUCAACAGCAAUUGUCAAGUAGCACCAACAAUAAUUUGCACUCAAUUUCAAUGUCACUGACACCACCAUCACGACAAUCACCGAGUCGAGAUGGAAAAUCGUCAACAUCAUCCUCGUCUGCUGGUUAUACGAUGCCAUCAAUUUUAAAUUUGUCAAGCAAGAAAUAGAAGUUUUGGUUUUUCUUUCAUUUCAUUUAAUGAGAUUUCGAUGCAAGUAUCAAUCAAUUGGCCUGUUGCUGAAUGUUUUUACUUUUUAUUUAUUUUUUCAAAUAGUUUCGUG